GGUCAAAAAGAUCAAAAGCGUCAGACGAAGGCGCUAGGGUUGGGGCAGAGGAAGAGCGAUGGCAAUGGGCGGCAGAGCGCGCGGUGUGGCGUCCAAGCUUCGCCGCAUUUCGGCUGGUUGCGAGAUUGCUCCGCAUUGGUGGUUUCGGCGAUUGCUGACGACGGAUCUUCGAUCGCGGCUGGCGGAACUGAUUCCGGGAGAACAGGAGCGACUGAAAAAGCUGAAAAAGGAGCAUGGAUCAGUUCCGCUCGGCCAAACCACAGUCGAUAUGGCCAUUGGUGGAAUGCGAGGGAUUAAAGGCAUGCUUUGGGAAACGUCCCUGCUCGAUCCUGAAGAGGGUAUUCGUUUUCGGGGCUUGUCCAUUCCAGAGUGUCAAGAGAAGCUUCCAGCUGCCGUUUCCGACGGUGAACCGAUACCAGAAGGACUGUUUUGGCUGCUUGUUACUGGUGAGGUUCCCAGUAAGGAACAAGCUGCGACGUUGACGAAAGACUGGGCUUCUCGUUCUGACAUUCCGGGUCAUGUGUAUGACGUUGUGAAUGCACUUCCGAUUAAUGCGCAUCCAAUGACACAGUUGACUGCUGGAGUUAUGGCUUUGCAAACCGACAGCGAGUUUCAGAAGGCGUAUGAGAAGGGAAUUCACAAAUCAAAGUUUUGGGAACCAGUGUACGAAGAUUCGAUGAACUUGAUUGCUAGGUUGCCAGGCCUAGCGUCCUACAUCUACCAAAGAACAUACCAUGGAGGCAAGCUGAUUGAGUCAAACAAGUCGCUGGAUUAUGGAGCCAACUUUGCUCACAUGCUGGGUUUUAAGGAGCCCAAAAUGUAUGAGCUGAUGCGCCUGUAUCUUUCUAUUCACAGCGAUCACGAGGGAGGAAAUGUUAGUGCACAUACCGUGCGGCUGGUGGGGAGUGCACUAUCGGACCCGUACCUUUCUUUUGCGGCCGGAAUGAAUGGUUUGGCGGGUCCAUUGCAUGGUCUUGCAAACCAGGAAGUGUUGCGUUGGAUUAAUGAAGCCGUUGAAGCGAUCGGAGCUGAUGCUUCCAAGGAAAAGCUGACAAAAUACGUAAAAGAUACUUUGAAUAGUGGAAAGGUGGUUCCAGGCUAUGGACAUGCAGUGCUGCGUAAAACGGACCCUAGGUACACUUGCCAGCGCGAAUUUGCACUAAAGCAUCUGCCCGACGAUCCGAUCUUCAAAAUGGUAUCCAAUCUUUACGAAGUUGUGCCUGAUAUUCUUCUUGAAACGGGAAAGGUGAAAAAUCCUUGGCCUAACGUGGAUGCGCAUAGCGGAGUGCUUCUACAAUACUUCGGGUUGACUGAAGAGAACUACUAUACCGUGUUGUUUGGCGUCUCUCGGGCCUUAGGCGUUCUUGCACAGCUGGUGUGGGAUCGCGCACUUGGUCUUCCAAUUGAAAGGCCAAAGAGCAUGACCAUGGGGUGGCUGGAGAACUAUUGCAAGAAGCAAACCGUGACAGCGAAGAAGAAGUGAAGUGAGAGUCUCUCCGACAUGGAGGUACUUGAGUCUCGACAUGGAGAGGCAUCAUGAGAGAGAGGAUGGAUUGAACGGCGUGGGAUUUGAUUCCUAGCUAUGAAAAGCUUCGCCACCGAGGAGGCCAGCUUCACUAUGCUGGCCUUUUCCAUCACCGCAGUGGUCUUUUUCUCAAGAACAGCGCCGUGGAGAUCCGACACCACUCCACCGAGAAAACGAAAAAGAAGAGAGCUUGGAUCUUGAGUGGAGAUGCGGAAAAAUCUGAGGCUCGCAAAGUCACUCCUUUACUAAUUUUAUUUUCGCCCAUUUGAACGCGAACUUUCUUCCUCUCUUUCUCGUUA